AUAAAGAAAACAUUAUUUUAUUUUAUCGAAAUGGAUAAUUAGUUUUUACCUCCUAUUGAGAAUAUUAGUUUGCAGCGAGGAUUCAAGCAGUUUAAUCCUGAAAAGGGUGGAUCACAUUUAUUAGAAAACACUAAUGAAUUUGAUAAGUUUCCUUAUACAUGCUUCGGCUACCUUAGCUUUAAAGACAAAAAUACUAAUAAAAAAAAAUUAAUAGGUUAAGCAGUUCUCAUUGGACCAUCGCAUAUUCUAACUUCUGCCAAUAGUAUUUACGAUUUUACAAAGCAAUAUGAAUCUCUAUUUAGCUAGGGAGAAUUAGAAUUUUAUGGUGGUAUUGAUUUAGAUAUUUAAACCAAGGUUGUUUCGAUUUACUGCAAUAAAGAAACAAUAAAAGCAAGCAAAUCCUAUGAUUAACAAAACUUUGCAAUGUGCAUCUUAGAAAAAAAUAUAGGAGAAAAGCUAGGUUAUUUGGGAAUAAUCACACCUCUGCAAAUGGCUUUAUUUGAAGAAAUAUAAUUUAAAUAGCAGCCUGUAUUAGUAUUUGACAGUCAGCAAUUAUUAAGUGGUUAAAUUUGUGAUGUAGAUGAUAAAGAGAUGCUAAUUUAAUUCAAAAAUAGUGAUGGAGUAAUUAUAAAUUAAAUAGAUUAAGAAUAUCACUCAAUUUAGGAACAAAGUUUGGAAAAAAAUUAAGAAAGUGUUGAUGACGAAUAAGAAGAAUAAGAAAGGGAUUAAGAAUAAAUGAGAAUGGAAAUUAUAAAGAACAACGCAUAGGCCACAUCUUAGUUACUCAAUAAUAUAGUUUUUAUACAUGACAAAUUGUUUGGUUACGCCAUACUUUCAGCAGACGCCUAAAGAGAUGGAAUUUAUUACAAAAGUCAGUACCUUACAUGCUUCCACCUCUAUCAGAUGGUUUUCUGGUAUUAAGGGCUUGAAGUAAAUCAAAAAGACUAAACAUAAAAGAUUUAGGAGAUGAAAUAUCUUGAGAAUAAGGGAAAUAUGAAAGUUGAGGAACCAGCUGAACAGGAGAAUAAACCAUUGGUUUGUUUAAAGCAGCUAAAUAAUUAGUUUAUUUUUACAGGAAAUGAGGACAGCAGUGCUAAUUUUUGGCAUUUAGGUUCUAUGAAUAUCGGAUAAUCAGUUUAGAAAGAAGUAUUCGAAUAUAAUUUCAGAGAUAGUACUUUCAAUGGUAUUGCAGACAUAGUUAGUGAAGGAUAUUAUGCAGUUGCUAUAGUUGGAAGAUAUGCAAUACUUCUAAACUGGCUCAAUUUUGAAUUGCUCGAGGCUAAGUAGUUUGAUUAUGAUCUCACCUGCAUUAUUAAGAGAUAACAGAGAUUCAAGUAUUUAGUUGGGGAUGCACAGGGAUAGGUCAUAUACUUAAAUUUAAAUUGCAAUACUCUCCAGCUAGAAGAGGAUUAGGAAGGCUCUCUUAGAUCUAGAUAGCAAAAAAAUAUGCAUGGACACAAAAAUACUAUAGAAAAGCUAUGCCUAAUCCCAGAGAGGAAUCAAUUAGUUGUAGCUUCUUCAGAUGGAAUAAGAAUUUGGGAUGUAAAAUCAAAGAAAUUAGUUACUAAUAUUGAAUCUGAACAGAAAAAAGCUGUCACCUUUAUUGGAUAUUCAAAGACGCGACUUUACAUUGCAGGUGAAGAUUAAUAUCUUAAAAUAUACGAUCUUUCGGGUAAAUAAUAGAAAUCAAUGAGAUUUUAGUAUCCUAUUAAAUGUGGUGUGUUUUUGAAUUCUUCAGAAAUAGCUUUAUCUGAUGGCAAAAACUUGAAAAUUAUUAAUGUUAUUACAAAUGCUUAGGAUUACUAUUCGAUUCAUAAAAACAAUAUAACUCACAUUUGUAAGAUAAAUGAAUUUUAAUUUAUCACUGCUGAUACAAGAGGAUCAUUGUACAAGUGGACUCUAAUGUCUAAUGAAAGCGAGUCUAGUCUUUAGUACAGAGUUUCUGUUGAAUUAAGUAAAGCGGCUAAGGUGAACUUCUCUGAUUAUUCUCCUGAGAAAGUCGCUAAAUUCUUUUAAUCUAAUUAGUCUCCAAACACAAGCUCAUUCCACUCUUAAAAAUUUUUAUAGAUGAAAGCCAAAAUUGAAACUCAAAGAAACCUAGCUAAUUAGGGGAUUUAUGAAGGAAGCUAGAAAAUGGUGGGAGAUCUCUAUUCUUAGGAGAACUAUUAUCUAAAAGCAAAAGUUAGAAAUUUGGAAAGUAAAGUUAAUGCAGCUAAGGGUGAAUACAGUGAAAGUCAUAAGGAUUUUAUCAAUAACUCGUCAUACAGUAAGCUAAAUGCAAGCUCGAUAAAUAAUAAUAGUAGCACUAGAAAUCUUAGAGAGAAUUCAUCUAGCAUCACUUUGAAAACUUAAAAGGCUUAGAUUAAAGUUAUGGAAUAAAAGUUGAAAGAAUAAGAGGAUCUUGUUCUUAAAAUUCAAGGAGAAGAGUAAUUGCUUAGAAAUAAUGCUGAAAAGAAAGUGAAGCAAGAAAAAAAAGUUUACAUGGAAAAGAAUGUUGAUGAUAUCAAAAAAAACUCUUAGCGAUUUGAAUCUAUGAUACCUUUGAUUCAAAAUGAUAUUGACCUGCUUAGAAAACAGCUUAGUUUCAUGAAUGAAAAGUUGAGUGAUAAACAGGAGAGAAUCAGAGAUAGGUCAAGUUCCCUUCAAAAGAAGUAAUCAGAAUUAAAGCAGUUCCACAACUAAAUUCAAAAGAGAGAAUAAGACGUGUAAGAAGAGCUCAAUAAAAAAAGAGAGUAAACCAAAUAGCAACAAGAACAAGACAAAAGAGAAAUGGAAUAGCAAAGACAGCAAUUUAAUGAGUUUAUUAAGGUAGAUUAAGACCAUGUGUAAGAAGAUGGUGAUGAAGAUGAUAAUCAAGCUUUACAUGAUAACUAAUUUGAGCACAUUUCUUAAGAGCUAGAUUAAACAAUUAAGAAUAGCUAGAACUUCAUCAAUAGCUAAAGAAACCUUAAUUCCUCUUUGCAAUAAUAUGUAUAGGCAAAUAUCGAUGAAAGUAAUGAGUCUAACAUGAAAGCCUCUUAAAUUUCUUCAAAAAAUAGAAAUGAUGAAAUAAAUAACUCUCUAGGAAGCAGCUGUGUUUUAAAUAAUAAAAAAAUAACUAGUUCUGCAUAGGCUAGAAAUAUUAUGAAAUCAAAUAGAGAAGAGUAAAGUUUUUAGAACUAGCAAGAGAUGUCGUAAAAUAUUAGUAAUUCUUCAAGAAAUAACUAUAAAAAUUAAAUUAGCAACAUAGAAGAGGAGCAGAAUUCAUACAAGUAUACCAAUAGAAAAUCCUCACCAAGCAAUUAUGGAAAUUCUUAAAUUAUCAGUGAAACCAAUGAAAAACUAUCUCACAGGAAUAAAAUAGAAAUUAGAAAAGCAGCUGAUUAAGAGGGAUAAAAUACUGAAUAAACUGAAGAAAAUCUUAAAUACAGCUUUAUAGAACAAUAGUUUUUUAAACUUUAGCAACAGGUAGCCCAGUUGUAGCAAAAUUAUGAAGAAAUAAAGCAAUCAAAUUACUCUCCCUCUAAAUUGUAGACUAUUAUCAUUCCUCAAUAAAGUUAAUUCAUAAGACCUAGUGAAUUUAAACCUGUUUUGAGAAUUCAAUAAAAUGUAUAAGGUUCCAGUUCAAAUUAAAUCUACAACACUCCUGAGAGUCCUAAUUAACUAUAAUCUGCUUUAAGAAUAAAUAAUUUUGUAGGUUAUAAUUAAAAUAUGCAGCCUCAAUAAAGCAGUAAUAUUGCUUAGAAUUCUCCUCCUAAGCCAUAUUUUGGUACAUCAGCAACAACUCGUUCUCUUUCUCCUAACUUAAUUGCAAAUAAUAGUGGAUAAACUUAUAAUCAAAUGAGCUAGUUUGGAAAUUCAUAAAAUUUAUAAUUAAACAGCAGUUCUCAAUUUUACAUUAACAAUUCUCCACAAAAAGGUUAUGAUUAAUAAAUUUUGCAAAAAUCUUAAAUACAUUAAUCUCCUGGAUAGAUAUUGCUCCUUAAUAAUUCCUUGAAUUAAUCAUUAUGUGAAGGUAUUUCAAGUAGCAACACUAAGUAGAAAACUGCUGAGUAGGUCAAUAAUAAAUCCAUUUAGGGAGCAACAAGCAGCUCAUAAUAAAAAUAAAGGCCGUCUUCUUCUUUAAAACAAAAUUAACUAUAAUUGGAACUAAUGAAUCAAAGUAAAAAUACAAACUAAUUUAACAUUUAUAAAAUGAGUUCUCCUGCUGUACAAAAUAUAUCGUAACUAAAUUAAUUAUUAGCAGCCAACACAAGUUCUAUCAAUAAUCCUUCAUUGCAACAAACUGAUUUUAUUUAACAGCAAAAGUUAUUGUUAUAACAAUAAUAGUAGCAGUUGAUGUAGCAAUAAAAUCCUUUGCAAACGACUUAAUUUUAAAACAACAUCUAAGCAAAUAAUGAAAUAAAUUAUGAAAAUGAGUAAAAUUAAAUAGCUGAUAUUUAAAAAGAAAGAAAAAUUAGCAGCAGAUAAUCCAAACAAUCUAUCAUAUCUAACAAUCAGAAUAUUAGUAUGGAAGUGACAUAAGUAAAGCAGCUUUAAGAAGAGAAUUUAUCUCUCAAGAAAAAGCUUCAAGAGCAUUCUAAAUUGAUUUAAGAAUUGCAAUAAAUAAUGCAAAAUUAAAGCGAAGAAAAUUCCAAGCAAUAAGAAAUAAGCUUAUCAGAAAAAGAAAACUUUAAAGCUCAGUACUAAAAAUUAGUUGAACAAUCGAACGCUUAACAAUAAAAUAUCCAAUAGAUUUCGGAGUAAAUUGUUAAAUAAACUCAAUACAUAAAUUAAUUAGAAUAAGAAAAAUAAACUCAGCUCUUUUCUUAUAAUGAAAUGGCUAAGCAAUUUGACAGAGAAAAAAAUUAAAUGGUAAAUCAAAUAAAUUUGAAAGAACUUGAAAUUUAAUAAAAGAAUUCAGAAAUCUUGUAAUGUUAAAACAGCAUAAGCUAAUUGAAUAUCACAAUACAGUAAUUAAGGUAGAUGACUACAUAUGAAGAAGUAGAAAAAUUAACUAAACAAAUAAAUGUGAUGGAUAAGAUGAUAGAGUAGCAGAAGAAUGAGUCAAAGACUUAGAAGUAGCUUCUAAUGGGAUAAGAAAAAGCUAUUGUUGAUGGAAAGAGAAUUGAGCUUGAAUUCUAGCAAAUUCAACUGUUGAAUCAACAGUUAAGUAAUGAAAAUGGCAUUCUAAAGUCAAGAAUGUAGUUUUUAGAAGCCGAAAAUAAACAAUUGAAUUAAAAAAUGCUUGUAAUUAGAGAUGAAAUAGAUGGUAAAUAUUAAAACACAAUUUUGGAAUUGCAAAAAUUGAUGUAGGGUCAUGCAAAUAAGCAGAUCAACAUUACUCAAAGUGUUGAAAAUAUUAAAUAGGGAGUUCUCAAUGGUUUAGAUAUUAAUGCUUUGGACAAACUGAUUGAAAUAUCACACAAAAAGUAACAGCUAUCAACUACUUAGAACUUAAAACAAUCAGUGAGUUCUAUUCCAAUAAGUUAAGUACAAGGAAUGCAAUAGCAAAAUAUUAUAAAUCAAAGUUAUCAGCCCAUGAGAAUUACAGAUUAGUUGGUUGGAUCAACAAAUUACGAGCAAUAAAAAACUUAUUAAAAAAGAAUAAAUUAUAACCAAGAAUAGCAACUAGUGAAUUUAGAAUCUACUUCAUCUAUCAAAACUUUCAAUCCAGACGAUUAAAGAAGUGUCCAAGAGCAAGGAACUAUGAAUGCCCAAUAAGGUCGCUUCUAAAGUAGAUCAGUCUCUCCUCUAGGUCUGAAUAGCCGUGGUUAAGGUUAAGGAUUUAAUUCAUCUCAGCAAAAAUCUCUAAGAUCAGAUAGAUCAAACAAAAAAUUUGAUUCAGAAUCUAUAAAAACCUUCCAGCCUGAUGGUUUAGAAGUCUCAAGAUCAGAUGAAAACAGUGAUUCUGACUAUUUAAGUAAUAUGAGUAAUCUGUAAAUAACAAACUAAGAUUAAUAUCCAUUAAACAAAAAGUCUUCUCUCAAAACUAGUAAAACUAUCAUAAAACAAGGAAACAAUAAAUAGUAAGUAGUUUUGGUUGAUGAAAACGAUAUUUAAUAGAAAAAAAGGUAAGAAGAGUAAGGAAUGUGUGCAUAACAAUGA